UGAAAAUCAAAAUGGCGCCUGUCGACACGAGGAGAAUUACAGGGCCAGAAAUCAGCCAACCAGUCAUCUGUAGGAUAGAGAAUGAUGUGAAACAUUCCCUGGUUGACAAGGAUGGUGUUAGGAAGGAUGGUCGACAUGUGAAUGAACUACGUCCAAUGUUUUUAAGGGCUGGUCUCGUCAGUCAAGCAAAAGGAUCAGCRUACUUGGAAACAGAAAAAACCAAAAUCAUAUGUGCAGUAUAUGGACCAAGAGAUGCACCUAGAAGACAGGAAUUUAGUAUGAAGGGACRUCUUACUUGUGAAUUCAAGUAUGCACCUUUUUCAUGUAAGCAAAGGCAUGGUCAUCUCCAGGAUUCAGAAGAGAAAGGAAAUGCACAAUUAGUAGUUGAAGCUCUGGAAACUGCUGUAUUUCUUGAAAAAUUUCCAAAAUCGCAAGUUGAUAUCUUCAUCAAUGUUUUAGAAAAUGAUGGAAGYGCACUCUCAGCAGGACUGAUUUGUGCUUCUGUUGCACUUGCCGAUGCAGGAAUAGAGAUUCAAGACCUUGUUGCAGCUUGUACACUUGUUCAAACAAAAACUAAGUCUAUCCUGGAUCCUGAUGAACAAGAGUUAAAUUCCAAGGAGGUUGAAGGUCGUAUGAUGGUAGCAUUACUUCCAUCAGUGAAUCAAAUAUCCAGUCUCACACAAGAUGGAGAGAUGACCAAGGAUUCUGCAGAAAAGGCUGUAAAUGCUUGUAUUGAUGGCUGUGCACGAGUCUAUCCAGUGAUGCAAGAUGCACUUGUUGAGAAUGUUAAAAAAACAUUUCUUAACAAAGGAAACAACGGAUAGAUGAAAAUGGAAACUUGAUGAUAGACCAUUUUAUUGAUAUGACAGCCACCUUGAUUUAUGAGAUGCAUAAGGGGCAAACGUAGAAAAUGCAGAUAGCAUAGAUUGUACAUUUUCAAAUAAUUUAAGUAUAAUUUAAAGUUGUUGGUGUUUCACAUGGAAUGCAUGUAGUAAAACCAUGCAAUAAAAAUGGUCUCUUGUGUAUUUGUCUUUGUAUUAUGAAUUUUUCUGGUUGAGUGCUAGCAACUAUUAGUCACUGAAUAGUACUAUUUGUCAGUAUCAACUUUGUUUUUAUUUCAAGGUUUUAUUGCAUGCACUCUAUUGUUCCAACUACCAGCAAAUUUAAUUGCUUUUAAGAUGUACUUUUCAUUGAAAGCGUAAAGUUAUAUAAAAAGACACCCUGACAGCUGUGCAGUCUAUAAAUUUUCCAAUAGUCGGCAUCCCAUUUUACAAAUAGAAAUUUCAAGAUGUAUCUUCCCAGGUAGAUAGUCCAUGGUUUCAUAUAAAUUAUUGACAGAAAACAAUGUAAACACGUAAUUUAGAGCAGUAAUGCUUUAAACUCAAAAYUUUAUUGUGGAUAUUUAAAUCUUGACAUUCGUUUAUGAUAUAUUGCUCUUUAUACAUUACAAAAAUCAUGCAAGUGACAAAGUAACUCAACUACGUGCUAGAGAAAGAUAUUGGUUUUCAGCUGAUAGUAAUCUUUAAUAAAUAAAUGUUAUCCUAUGAAUUAUAAGUAAAUUUAGAAAAUGUUUGUACAAACUUUAGAUGACAACAGGAUCAGAAAUUUUUGAGACCRYUUAUAUAAUACUCCAUUUUACAGUUCUGGUCAGUGAUCACGAAUAAUAGUUCCAAGUGGAGGUUGAAUUUACCRUGCAUAGCARAACUAUAGUUUAUCAUGCGCACCAACUCCAAGCUCUGCUAGGAACCAUUACUCUUCCUCACUGAACGGAGCUGUAAAAAGUAUUUUACGUAUUAUUAAAUCUGACAUGAUUCUUUARGUAAAAUUAGAGAUUUUAUUUCUUAAUAUAAACUGUUCAAAUUAAUAGGAAUGUUUUGGUGACAGAAUUAAAAAACAUGAAAACCCAA